AUGGCAGUUCCAAGGUUCCAGUCGUUUCUCGAGGUGUUUGUGAUCGAAUUUCGAAAUGGAUAUGGUCUGGGUGGGGCAGUUGUGAAUCUCACGGUCCUUCGUCCCGCCAACCACAUCGAAGCACUCCCACCGACUGUAAGGCAUGCCGAGAGUGGAAGGUUCCUUGCGAUCAUGCCCAACCUCAAUGUGAUCACUGUUAUCAACAACAAAUACUCUGCUUCUAUGUCAAUCCUGAUCAACCAAAGCGGAAAGGUCGUCCAGCUGACGCGUCAGUACCCCGGAUUCGCGAACCUACCCCACGAAAGAGACUCGGCUGAGGUCAAUGCGGAUUUUGCCUUGGGUUCUUUAUGA